AUGCAAGUGGAAGAAGAUCCGAGCAGCCAGUUCCUCGACUUUACGAACGCCACUGACUUGGAGCAAUUCAUCGCGGACGUGGAGCAGGCGAUCAUUGGCUGGCAUUUGAAUGGAAAGGGCCACGCGUCGCUUGAGGCACUGAGCGCGGCGCCCCCGCAACGUGUGUCGGCUCACACUGGACAUGAGUCUGUCGCUCUAGGCGCCGCGGUGUGGACAAAAGAAUUGCAUCUUCAUCCGCUGGAAGAAAAUUCAAUAAGGAGAUACACGCUUACGCUGUAUGUAUCUAGGCAUCAGAUUACGCGGCAGCAGGAGGAGGCUGCUGCUGCACCCGUUUUGACUACCACUAGAAAGCACAAGAAAAAGUGGCAGGAAGGACUGGAACACUUCACACCCACGAUGCUUUCACUGGCACAUGCUGGCCGGGACUUUCAGUGGGGAUCCGAACAGACAGAAUUGGAGGUGAAGGAGGAACAGGAAGAGGGAAGGACCUCAUACUAUGCGUCUGUGCUUGAUGAUGACCAAGAGCUGCGUUGUAGCAGAAACCAGACAUACAAGAAGGUGCAAAAGUGGUUUGGGGUUGACGAGUUUUUGCUACUGAAUAGGUCGACGCUACGUAGGAGUAAGAAGCAAAAGAAAGAGAAUGAAAAUGAUGAAGCAAAGGAGACCAUAUCAAACGUCGUCGGACCGAUUCAACGAGAAGGGACGGAGGACAUUGGAGGGAAAAGUGGUGAUCUGAAAGUCCAUCAAGACGAUUUUGCUAUGGAAGAUAUGCUCAUUGACGAAACCGAGGCGGGGAUGCUUUUAUCGGCGCUGCAUGUGGCGCUGAACAACUGCAACUGUACGAUUCCCGCGUUUGUGCCGGUGUUUGAGCCGUCUCGCGGCAUGUGGGUCGGAUCAGCUGUACCCGGGGCUACAGGCAACGUGUCAAUAUCGUUUGACACAGACGUUGUUCCAGAGAUGAACUCGAAUCAAAGCUGCAUCAGCGGUCUGCUCGACUUUUUUAAGGCCAAGCUCCAACUGUCACCGCAAGUCGAACAAAAGUGUCGAGUAGUGGCGGAUGCGUCUGGAGACCUUGCAAUUGGUUUGACAGUGUCUGCCUCCUUUAAGUAUUCGUGGAAUCGAGCGAACGAUCCUCGUGAAAUUGUAGCUUUGAAUAACCCUCUAGCUUGGCGAACACUAGAGCCCCAGCAACCAACCGACAUUCAACAUCAAAUUUGCCAGAUUGAAACCCAGCUGUUCGGUGAAAAACACUCAUUUCCAUACUUGGGAGCUUCCAGUACUCCUGUAGAGGGAAUGGACCUUAUUAUCUGCUGGCCUCAGCUGCGUGAAGGCUCGUAUGUCGAUAAUGUGGUGCACUCUACCUUGGAUCUGAGCUCGGCUCCUCAAUGGAUGUUAAGCGUACGCUUUCAAGACUUGCUAUCAGAAAACCAGCUCAAACCACAUUUGCCACUCAGCAAGCGUAUGGCGAAUCUUGUGCAAGUUUAUUCCAAUUCCAGAGAGUUGAACAAAGACAUCACAGUGUCCGAGUUGGCACCUCCUAUGCCACCCACUCCUUCGAUAUCCAAGUCACACUCUGGCUCCGCCACAUUUAGUUCUGGUACUGCUAGUAGAACUUCGUUGAGACAGCAACCCUCAAGUGUAUCAGAAUCGAUUCCUGCAGCUCGCGCAGCGGUCGUACUUGGCAACGCUAUCUCUAGCCUAGUAUCUGUCGCCACGUGGAAAUGCUCAGACGUGGAGGAAAUCAGGCGGAUUAUCUCGGAUAUAUUUGACGACGACGUUCAAGGUUGUGAAGAAUUGACUAGCGAUGGACAGAAAAAAAACGGUGGCAAUUUUUUUGAUAAGUCAAGCUUUUGGUUGGGGAGUAUGACAAAUUUAAUUCAGCAUGGCGCGCCAUUAGGAGAACUUGUUUCUAUCUUGGCGACCCGGAUGUCACAAUUGCAAAGCAUAAACUCGAUGUCGCUAUUGUGGGUUGAGUUUGUGAAGGCGCUGAGAGAGCGGUGGUUUCAGCAGCAAUUGCUUCCAUUGAUGAGAACUAGUACUGAAGGUGGAGUUUAUGGUCACAAUACAGGCCCGCAUUCUUUAGACACACUUUUCUUGCUAAAAUCAGACACGAUUCGACUUCCUCCACCAGACUUUCGUCAAUGCCUUCUGCACCAAAAACUACAACUACUGAACUGGUGUAUUUUAAGUGAAGCACAGGUGUCGAGGCCAAAUUUGACGGCUAGCGUCAGCACAAUUUUUGGGAGACAAAAUGGUUCUGGUGCUGAGAGCGCUACAGCCAGCAACAACUUUUCAUCUGACAAUGGACGGAAAGACGACGAUGAGAUAGACAGCAGUGUGAGCGAUGAAGAGUUUUUUGACUCGUUGGAGCAGGUGAAAAUGCCCUCUCCGUCGUCGUUGCGUCCUGAGGGUGUUCUUCGUGAAAUGCCAGGUAUUGUGUGUCUCCAGACAAAUGAGCCUUUGCUAGAACCGGUGACCCAGACUUCGGUGCCGAUAACAGAAGACGUAGCAAAAGAACAGCAGGACCUUUUUACCCGCUUAGGCGCAAGUGUCGAGUCCGGUAAACUGCGUCAUCAAAUUCAAAGUACGGCACUGGUAUCUGAUAUGCAGGCUUUCAAAGCUGCCAAUCCGCGAUGCUGUCUCGCAGAUUUUAUCAGGUGGUAUUCGCCGAAAGACUGGAUCCCAUUGGAAUCUAAGAUGGAUCCCGCAUGGAGCGAGCUUCCUAUAGAAGGACAGGGUGUGUGGUGGUUUGAAGAACAGGGUAUGCUAUCAGAGCGCAUGCGUUUCGGACUGGGUCACAAGCAUAUAUGGCAAGAAUUGUGGGAAACAAGUGCACCAGUGCCAGCAAAGCGUCAAAAACGGUCGUUCGACCCAGUUCAGGAGUCAGAAAAAGUUUAUCACUACUUGGAGACACUUUCACCGCAUGAACUUUUUCAUCAAAUGCUUGCAGGUGCAAUUUCAAGCAGUGUGUUUGCGUUGGAGACCGCAUUGCCCGUGCAAGUGUCAUCUCAAAAUCUUCCUGUGGUACAUUUUGCGUUGCAAGAUCUCUGUUUGUGUGGAAAUCGUGCUAUCGCUUUGCUAGAUGAAGCUUUAGCUGAGUCACAAGUGACGUUUUCCGCCAAUAGGAGAAGAAAACAACAAUGUAACAAUAACCUCGAACCAUCAAAAGCAGCCCAUCAUCAAGGUCAGCAGCUUCAAGUCGCAUUUGAAAUGGCCCUGGAUGCGUGUUGGAAGCUUGUGCGCUCGAUUGAAAAUAUGGAAGCAUUGGUGACGAAGGCAUUGGCUCUUUUGCACUAUUUUCCGGUAUCGGAAGAGGAUCAGAUCUCCUUGGCUCUCGUGAAUGCGCUUCUAUUGCCGUCACUAUCGCAGCAUCAUCAAGAGGAAAUUUCGAAAUUGUUAAAGCAGAGUAACUUGCGUCAGCUGGUGACUGCGCUAGUGCUGACCAGCUCAGCCCCUUCUGGCGCAAGUUCUGGGCCUGCACCCGUCCAGCGGGAGUACGUGCUGCGAUGCAUAUGCCCUCGUCCAUUUCUGCGAGAUGUUAGUUCUUCACGAGCAAUUGAAGCGGAGAAUGCUGAUCCAGCGGAGAUGCAGCCAGAAAACGAGCUAGACGAAAGCCCGUUAGUCAUCUGUCGGAUGUACGCAGCUUUCAAAAAGAAUACUGUACGAUUCGCAUUGGCUCUGGCCGAGUCUGAGUUCUGA